GCAUCCACAUUGAAGGAUGUAAUGGGGUUCAUGGGCUCAAGUUCCUAGGCCCGGAUUUUUAAAAGAAAUGUUUUAAUGGGUUUAUUUCCGCGAUCCGCUUCUUACGAGUGACUCGGUAUGAGGCGGGUUCACGCCAGGUGUCACGGUUCCAUUGGCGCCGCGUUGUUGACGUCACGACGACGAAAGCGGAGAGAAAUUCAUUUUCUCAUUUUCCAGAAAAGACUAGGGUUUUUCCCCGAGAGGCGAACUGUCGAGCGAUUUUGAUCUUUCUUCACGUUUCUCCACUUUUCUCCAUCGAAUCGACGACGGAGUGUCUCCUCGACGAGAAUAGAUGGAUCCCGCAGAGGAGAUAAGAGAUACAAAGAGGCAUCAGGAGUACUGCAACAUGUUGGGAUACGUCGCAGAUUCCGAAUAUGGGAUUCCUAGAAGAUGUCCCUGUGGUGGGAGAAUCAUUGACGAGGUUCGGGUGAAGGAGGAGCACGACACUCAUCCUGGGAAGCGCUUCUUCAGCUGCAUAAACUACGAGGCUGAUGGAUUUCAUUAUCGUCAGCCUUGGGUAAUAGGCGUCCAGGAGGAGAUCGAACGCCUGCGUAAGCGUGUAGAAGAGGCUGAUGAGGUGAUCAAGUUGGUGCCCAAUCUCACCAAACAGAUUGAGAGUGUUGAGGCACAGGUUAAAAGGCUAAGUUUGCUGCUUGAUCACCUCACUGGAGACGUUUAUAACCUCACAGUGCAGAUGGCUAAUCUGGAGAAGGUCUGCUUUGAAUGAAAUUGUUAAGGUAAACACUCUAACUAAAAUAGUUCCCUAGAAGUAGUUUCCUUGUAGGUUGCUUGGUUGAACUUCACUAGGUAGACUAGGAAGUAAAGUAGAUGUUCAUAAAUCUAGUUUCUGUGUUGUAUUAAUUGAUAUGCUUUGAAAGUGAUGUGAUGCUCUCUAUAGUACGAACUGAACUAGGGUAGUUGGUUGCUGUGUUGAAUGCUUGAAAGUGGUUGUGUUUUGAUGAAUGCUAUCUGUGUAAUACUUGUUAGCGUUUUAAAAAUGAGAUUUGAUGUGUAAUGAAUGCUCUCUGUUCGCGUUUUUAAAAUGUGAUUUGAAAGUGGUUGUCUUUUGAUGAAUGCUAUCUGUGUAAUCAAUGUUUGGUAGUUAGAAACGCAAACCAAAAUAUUAGUUUAAAAACAUAGUCAAUCUUUCUUUAGAAAACACAUACCAACUUUAGAAAACACAUACCAACUUUGAAACACACCAAUCGAAACCCAAUGGAUCCGCUUUCCCUUACUUCUCCCGGCCCUGUGAACAUAGACGUAGGGUCUUCUGAUGUUCCUAAGCCGGUGGAAAGGAAAAAGUGGACAACACAAGAAGACUUAGUCCUUAUAAGUGCUUGGUUAAACACAAGCAAGGAUCCCAUAGUUAGUAACCAGCAGAAGUUAGGGUCGUUUUGGAAAAGAAUUGAGGAUUAUUUCAAUUCAAGCCCUCAGCUCACAGGCUCUGCUUCUAGAGAGUGGAGUCAGUGCAAGCAGAGGUGGGGAAGGCUCAAUGACCAGGUGUCUAAGUUUGUGGGAAGCUAUGAGGCCGCUUUGAAGGAGCAAGCUAGUGGCCAAAAUGAGAACGAUGUCAUGAAGUCUGCCCAUGACAUCUUCUUCAACGACUACCACAGCAAGUUCAUACUUGAACAUGCGUGGAGGGAGCUGCGGUUCGAUCAAAAAUGGAGGUCUAUCUCUUUACCAAGAGAUGGUGCAAAGGAGAAAAGGAAGGAAUCUGCAGAGACGGUGCCUGACUCGGAAGAGGCAAGGCCACCUGGUGUUAAGGCUUCCAAAGCAGCCAAACGCAAGAAGAAUGGGAAUGAAGCUGCAUAUGAUCGACUACAGAGCAUUCUAGACUUGAAACAGAACAUAUCCAAACAGAAACUACUAGAUCGUCUCCUCUCAAAAAAAGAAGCUCUCACUGAUAGUGAGAUGUCUCUGAAGGAGAAACUCGUAGCUGAGAUGCUUUGAUCUGGUCAGUGAUUAGUUGCGUAGUUGUUUAGGUAGUUGUUUAGGUAGUUAUAAUGUUUUGUUGAUUAUUUGCUAACUUGAUUAUUGCUUACUUGGUUACUAACUAUUUGUCUUGCUUCUUCUUUUGUUUUUUGUUGUGCAGGUCACGGGUUCAACUUCUACUGGCGUGUUUGGUUCUUUCUGCAGGUCACGGGUUGUACUAGCUAGUGGUGUAGUUGUGGUUGUAGUAGGUGUGUUUGUGUCACGGGUGUGAAAGGUCACGGGUUGUACUAGGUAGAGCUGUAGUUGAUGAAUUAUGUUUGUGUCACGGGUGUGAAAGUGUAGUAUUUUGUUGGUUUCUACACUUCACGUGUGUUGUAAAACAAUGACUAUAUAAUCUAUGUCUCAUUUAUGCAUUGCUCUCAAAUAUUGUUCACCUCUUUUUCUCUUAAACUUGUGCUUCUUCAUCGCUUCUCUGCAGAACAAUAAGAACACAACUAUCAUCCUCUAUCUUCUUUAAAUCAUAUAGCACAAAACACUCAAGCCGACGCCACAAAACAGUCAAAACAAAUUUUUUUCUUUAAUAUCCUUUUUUUUUUUUAACACUUAGCCAAAUAUUCCUAUUCUAUCUCCACCUUUUUUUAAAACCUUUAAUCAUAUUUUUAAAAUGUCAUCCUCAUCGUCAGAUGGCGUAGAUGAAGCUGUUGAAGAAUGGUUCGAUGAAGAAUUUGAUAAUCUCGUCGACUCCCUAGUUAAUGAUCAAGCAAAAAAACCAAAGAGACGGGCUUACUACGAAAGACAUCGGGAAGAAGGACACAAUCAACUAUGGAAUGACUAUUUCAGGGAACAUGCUACAUACCCACCGGAAAUGUUUAGAAGACGUUUUCGAAUGCACAAGCCAUUGUUCCUUCGCAUUGUGGAUGCUUUAAGAAAUGAAGUUCCAUACUUUCAGCAAAGAAGAAAUGCUCACGGAAGGUACGGCCUAUCUACACUACAAAAGUGUACAGCAGCUAUACGUAUGCUAGCAUAUGGUCAAUCAGGAGAUACGUAUGACGAAUAUCUCCGACUAGGUGAAAGUACUGCACUUUUAUGUUUAGACAAUUUCACUAAUGCGAUAAUACAAUUGUUUGGCGAUGAGUAUCUAAGAAAACCUACAGCUGAUGAUCUUCAACGAUUACUGGAUAUUGGAGAGUUACGCGGGUUCCCAGGAAUGGUUGGCAGCAUCGACUGUAUGCAUUGGGAGUGGAAAAAUUGCCCAACAGCUUGGAGAGGACAGUACACACGUGGUUCAGGAAAGCCGACAAUUAUCUUAGAGGCGGUGGCAUCACAAGAUCUUUGGAUAUGGCACGCAUUUUUCGGACUUCCAGGUACCCUCAACGAUAUUAAUGUUCUUGAUCGGUCACCGGUUUUUGAUGACGUUAUACAAGGUCGAGCUCCUAAAGUCAAUUUCAAAGUCAACAACCACAAUUAUCGUAUGGCGUACUAUCUUAGCGACGGAAUUUAUCCGAAAUGGUCAACAUUUAUCCAAUCAAUCUCACUUCCUCAAACUCCAAAAGCACAGCUAUUUGCUCAACAUCAAGAAGCCGUAAGAAAAGAUGUCGAACGUGCUUUCGGAGUAUUGCAAGCGAGGUUUGCAAUAGUUAAAAACCCAGCAUUACUUUGGGACAAGGAAAAAAUAGGAAGGAUUAUGAGAUGUUGUGUCAUACUGCACAACAUGAUAGUAGAGGACGAACGCGACAGAUUCACUCAGUUUGAUACAGAUGAAUUCGAAUCAGGAGAGUCAAGCAGAAGUUCCCAGGUUGAUGUCGUCUCCUCUACGGAAAGCCUUUCUAAUGUCGGUGAAAUGCGUGGGACUCGCAAUCAAAUUCGGGAUCAACAAAUACAUCAUCGUUUGAAAGCUGAUUUAGUUGAAAAUAUAUGGCAAAAGUUUGGUAAUUUUGAUGAAUAAUCUUUGUAUGUUUAAGAUUUCUCUAUGUAUUAAAUAAUUUUAAACAAAAAAAAAAUAAAAAAUCAUUUAAAUUUCUAAGAACCCCAUGUUCGGGUUCACUAAUGGAAGAAUACAAUCAAUACAAGUUCAUCACUAUUUCUGACCCCACCACAAAUAUAAUAAAAAAAUCAUAUGAACCCCAAGAGGGGGUUCAUUGAUGUGGUUGC